CAGUCUCUCACUGUAGACACUAACUGUACAGCAUCACUCAACUGGAUUUAACAGGCGUGUGAAACUCUACAAUGGCUUUUACCCUUCAGACUGCCCUUUUGGUCUUAGCUACCCUAUGUGUCCUGCAGCAAGGGUUUGGAUAUCCACUGUCUAAACAACCUGAAGCAUCUAGCAAUCCACCUGCUCACAAACGGGUCCGCACCAAACGCUGUUCCUGUAGUAGCUGGUUAGAUAAUGAGUGCAUCUAUUUCUGCCACUUGGACAUCAUCUGGGUCAACACACCAAAUAAGAUCACCCCGCUUGGUCUUGGGAGUCCUCUGUCCCGUCGCCGGCGUUCCACUGGUAGAUGUGAAUGUGCGAAUCCCGCCGAUCGUACCUGCUCCAGUUUCUGUCACACCAGUUCUGAAGAUCCAGAUAUGGAGUUUGUGACUCAACUUGAUAACCAGUCAGAUCACAAGGACAAAACUAGUGAUCAUCUGCUGUUGUCGCUCAGGAGGGUGGUAAAACACAACCUCAUGACAGCUUCACGUUUUGCUUCACCCAAGAAGAAAUCCAGGAUCAGCUAGAGAGAGCAAAAGAGAAAGAAGAGAAAUGACUGUAGAAGUGAGCUUCUGAACAAAAUCAAUCCUGGAUGAAGAGGAUCUGCCUCUUGAGAGGUGGACAAAAGCAUGGCGGAUUCUCAGACAUCAAGAUGAACUGAACCACUGAGGCACAAACCUUCAGAUACUUCAGUUGAGCUGGAGCCGAAACCACUGUUCGCUAAAGUGCAAAGAUGAUUUAUAUGGUGAAUAGAAGAACAGUUCCUCUUCCACACCAGUGAAAUGGUGGCAUAUGCCAGAUGAGUGAGUUAACAUUUAGCACAGAAAGGCUUCCUGAAAGCCUAAUCUCUUUUUUUGACACCAAAUGUUCAGUAAAACAUUAUUUUUGUGUUCUUGUUACACAUUAUUUAUGCAUAAUUAGAUGAAAUAACCUCAAAUCAAGUCAUUACCCAGUAUACAUUGUUAGUUAAUAUUAGUACUUAAAUUACUGUAAACUGUAACAAGGGCACAGAAAAAAAACACACGUUAUUAAAGUUUUCCUCUGUAUCAGAGAUAAAUACUGUUAUUUAUUUGUUUAUUUAUUUAUUUAUUGAUAUAUAUGUAUUUAUUUAUUUUACUUUUAUUUGGAGUUUAGUUUUAUCAUUUCUGCGAUCAGAUUUGUAUUUAUACAAAAUGAAAAAUGCAAGAUGUAGCCAUGAGGAAUGUUUAUGUGUUUUCUUUUUUAUGACUCCUUCUUUCCUCCAUGUUUUCCCCUCAUUUUCCCUUGAGUGAAGGCGGAAGUAUUUAUUGCAUACUUCCAAUAGGCUGUUUUUUUAUUGUUCAGAUACCAGCAAGUUUCAAUAGCUCAAAGCUUGCCAAAAAAUGCUGUUAUUGUUUUUCUAAAAGUACAAACCGGCUGUUACUGUCUGGUCACUCAUUAUGUAAAAGACUGUAGUGCUACUGAAUUCCCUUUCCAUAUUAAAUGGAAUAUAUUUAAAUGUAUGCUUAUUUUACAUACUAUUGACUACUGAAGUUUGACUACUGCAAAAUAUAUGUUAAUAUGCUGCACAUGUUCAUGUUUUCUAGAAGAAGAAAAAGAAAACUACUUCACAGAUACUUGAAUGUUCAAAUGUUAAAAAUGCUUGCAUCCAUUUUGUUGUUGUUGUCUAUUUAAUUUAUUUAAUGAAAUCUAUUUUUGUAUUGCUGUAUCUUUUAAUAAACAAAUAUAUACUUUCAAAUAA